AUGCAGGCGAAAAGGGAACACUCUUCCGACUCUGAUCAAUUUGUAUCCGACGUCGAUAUCAAACCAAACAUCAACGAUACACCUGCCAAAAGCAAGAAAACCAAAUCAAACACUGACACUCCCACCAAGUCAAUUGAGAAGAAACCGAAAGUCCCGCUCAAUACCUCGGGUAAGAAAAUGGGAUCGUGGAGUGGAGAGGAGUUGAAAUUACUUUACUCAAUCAUGUGUCCUAAGAAGACAGGAAUCAAUUGGAACGAAGUUGCGAGUCAAAUUGAAGGUCGUGAUGCCAAGUCCUGUAACAAUAAAUGGACGAGAACUCAAAGUAAGAUCCUUCAAGCGAUUGAGGAUUUGGGAGAGUAA